UUAAUUUAAAACUCGAGUUCUAUUUCAGAAACUUUAGUUGCUUUUCAUGUGCUGAUAAAUAUUUUGUAAACACUGGUCUGCAAGUUGUAAAUAAUGGCACAAAGGAAAACACUUGUACAAAACACAGAUCUUUUCCCUAGGGAAAUAGAUAUCGAGAUAUGUUUGAAAACGUUGAAAAUAUAUCAAAAGUUAGAGGGUGAUGUGAAUUGUGUUGUUUGGGAUGCUGCGUUAGUUCUUGCGAAAUAUCUUGAGACUAUGUGCCAGAAUAAACCAGAGUUUCUUAGCGGGAUUAGAGUUCUUGAAUUGGGUUCUGGAGUAGGUGUUGUCGGUCUAACUGCUGCUACAUUAGGGGCACAAGUAACAUUAACCGAUUUACCAGAGGCUCUACCUUUGAUUCGUCUAAAUAUCAAUGAAAACAAAGCAAAGAUAGGCAGUAUGGGCGGUUAUGCCAUAGCGGAGUCUCUCAUAUGGGGGGAAAGCAGCUCACUUCUAGAUGAUGAAUUUGAUGUCGUGGUUUUGGCAGACUGUAUUUAUUAUGAAGAGGCUGUUGACUCACUUAUUGAAACUCUAAAAAAGUUAACAAACACACCAACUAAGAAACCUGUUAUGUAUUUAACACAGGAAAUGAGAGAUUCUGAUACACAGAGGGAACUAUGGACUUCAUUUUAUGGAAAGUUAACAGACAACUUUAAUGUGGAAAAAAUUCCUGAGGAAGAACAACAUGUUAAUUACAGAAGUGCUGAUAUAUUAUUGUUAAGGAUAAGUAAAAAAUAAUAAUCAAAUAUACACAAUACAAUACAGGAAUAUAGAUUAGAUACUAUUUAUUAUUGAAUAUAGGUACUUGCUUUCUACUGUGAUUUAGCCAGAUCAAAAUUUCUUGCCAGUCUUGCCAUAAAAAAAUAUAGGCCCAAGUUUGGCCUGUAAACAAGUAUCCAAAUAGGGUUUAUUUUGCAUUUAUUAUCAAUUAAGACUAACUAUAGGAUAUAGAUGUAUGAUGGGGUUAUGUUAUUAACUAGAUACUCUAAGUAUCUACGUGAUUUAAAAGUAUAUAAGUUUAAAAUUUAAGAACUUUAGUGGAGUCUAAAUUAGGUCGCCUUUCAUAAUAAACAAAGAUAAAGAGUCAACAUAGUUGAACUAAAUAAAUAAUAUGCCUUAUGCUUAGUGAAUAUUUUUAUGUAAGUAAAUUUUGCUUGGCAUACAGUGCGGCCGACGUAUCUUGGCGAGUCUAAAGUUAGCCGUUUGUCUGUGCAAUGGAUCUUUUAGGAACAAAAUUGUGUACUGCGCAGCUAAUCGGCUAACUUCAGACGCGCCAAGAUAUGUUCGGCCGCACUGUACAUACCUUAUUCAUUUAUACAUAUGUAGUGCCUUAAAUUAAAUAAUUUUGUAACUGAGAAAUAAUCAGCAAUAAAGAAAUUACUUUCUUUUAUAGCAAUUGAAAUAAUAAGCAACUUUUACGGGUAUUUUUCUUAAUAAGCAUAAUAUUUAAUAAUAUAAUGCAUAAUUAGGAAGUAGUAGGUGAUCUAAGUAGGCAUCCACUGCACAUAGGAGUAGAUUAGUACUGUUAUAAAUUGGUCAGGGAUAAAAUUAAGGAAAGCAAUAAACAAAAGAUUGGUUUGAAUGGAUUGGAUAUCUUGUUACAUAGUUAAUUUUAUUUAAGCCUCUAUGAAGUUAAUUUUAAAUACUUAACAUUUUUUAUCGUUUUAUAGGUAUUAAGUUAAGGGUACAAUAAUUAGUGCUAAAUUGUGUUUUUAAAUUAUUUAUUAUUUCUCAUCACAAAGUCUAGAAUGAUGCAUUAAUUAAUAAAACGGGUGGUCAGUUUGAAAAAUAUUUUUAAAGGGAAU